CUGGACCCUCACGCCAGCCCCAGAUAAGCCCCCAAGUCGAAGUACCGGACCCGGGCUUGGAAUUCCGGAUAUUUGGGCUCCUUGGUCGCAGAGGCACAAGGCGUGCUUGGGAGAAGGGCUCGGGUUCUGUAUGCUUAGGUCCAGGGACAGAAUAGGAAGGACCCUUCAGUGGGGAGGGAGUUACUCUCUUUUAUUAAUACUCUCGUCCCCUUCCCAGCUCUCGACCACCCGUCCAUCAUGGACCUCGCCAGCACCUGCUCCAACUUUCAAUCUGACCUGGAUUUCUGUCCGGAUUGCGGCUCUGUCCUGCCUCUUCCCGGAGCUCAAGAUACGGUCGCGUGUACUCGCUGUGGCUUCUCCAUCAACGUGCGAGACUUUGAGGCGAAGGUUGUGAAGACCUCAGUUGUUUUCCACAAACUGGGAACAGCCAUGCCCGUGUCAAUGGAGGAGGGACCUGAGUUCCAGGGACCCGUGGUUGACAGGCGCUGCUCUCGAUGUGGGCACGAGGGAAUGGCAUACCACACCAGACAGAUGCGCUCCGCUGAUGAAGGGCAGACUGUCUUCUACACCUGUACCAACUGCAAUGAAUUAAAGCUUUUAAGAUAUUUAAAAGGAAAGAAAAAAAUACAGAAGGUUCCAGGAGAAGGAAGACUCUUGAUUUUUUUUCUGAGCGACUCAACAAUCUCUCCUUCUCUUCCUUGGAAGGUGAAAGAAAUUGGGUUCUUAGAUCCUUUGUCCGUCUCCUGAUUGCAGUGUUUUGCUCCCAGAGGAAAAGCAGAUCAUCAUGUGGGGAUUACCAUUGUCCCCAGAGUACUCCUGCCCUAUUUGAGUUUCCUUUAUUAAAGUUAUAGUUUUCUAUAA